UAAGCGCGCCAGCUCCAGACCGGGUGGAGGGGAUUGCACUGCGGUAACAUGGCUCUACCCUAGUUAGCUGCGGCUGCCAGCGCGGGGACCGAGCGCUCAGGGCUGGCGGUGCCGGGUUUCUAGGCUGCAGGAGCUAGGCGGCUCGCGGCUUAGGGGGCGGCGGCGGAUGCGGGAGGACGGCCCGUCCCGCCGCUCGGCGGCCCCGGGGUCGAGAUGAACGCCUCGGCGUCGCUCGGGGGCCAGGCGCCUCUGCCACCCCCGGGCCCCGCCGCGCUACCGCCCGGGUCCACCUCACGGGCCCUGCAUGUGGAGCUGCCGUCGCAGCAGCGGCGUCUUCGACAUCUUCGGAACAUUGCUGCCCGGAACAUUGUCAAUAGAAAUGGCUAUCAGCUCCUUGAUACCUAUUUCACUCUUCAUUUGUGUAGCAGUGAAAAGAUAUGUAAAGAAUUUUAUAGAAGUGAAGUGAUUAAGAAUUCCUUGAAUCCAACAUGGCGGAGUCUUGAUUUUGGAAUAAUGCCGGUCCGUCUGGAUACAUCCAUGUCUUGUUUUGUGGUGAAGAUAUGGGGUGGAAAGGAUGACACCUAUCAGCUCUUGAUAGAGUGGAAAGUCUGCUUGGAUGGGCUCAAAUACUUGGGUCAGCAGAUUCAUGCCCGCAACCAAAAUGAAAUAGUUUUUGGGCUAAAUGAUGGCUACUAUGGUGCUCCAUUUGAACAUAAGGGUCACUUAAAUGUACAGAAGAACAUUCUUCAGGUGGAUCAGAACUGCGUUCGCAAUUCUUACGAUGUCUUCUCUUUGCUGAGGCUUCAUAGAGCCCAGUGUGCAAUUAAACAGACUCAGGUAACUGUUCAGAAAAUUGGAAAGGAAAUUGAAGAAAAACUAAGACUCACAUCGACAAGCAAUGAGCUGAAAAAAGAAAGUGAAUGUCUGCAGCUAAAAAUUUUGGUGCUUCAAAAUGAACUGGAAAGACAGAAGAAAGCUUUGGGCCAGGAGGUGGCAUUACUGCAUAAACAACAAAUGGCUUUGCAGGACAAAGGAAGUGCCUUUUCAACUGAACACGUCAAGCUUCAACUCCAGAAAGAAUCCCUAAGUGAGUUGAGAAAGGAAUGCACUGCGAAAAGAGAACUCUUUCUGAAGACUAAUGCUCAGUUGACUAUUCGUUGCAGGCAGUUACUCUCUGAGCUUUCCUACAUUUACCCUAUUGAUUUGAAUGAGCAUAAGGAUUACUUUGUAUGUGGUGUCAAGUUGCCUAAUUCUGAGGACUUCCAAGCAAAAGAUGAUGGAAGCAUUGCUGUUGCCCUUGGUUACACUGCACAUUUGGUCUCCAUGAUUUCCUUUUUCCUACAAGUGCCCCUCAGAUACCCUAUAAUUCAUAAGGGGUCUAGAUCAACAAUCAAAGAUAAUAUCAAUGACAAGCUGACUGAAAAGGAACGAGAAUUUCCAUUGUAUCCAAAAGGAGGAGAGAAGUUGCAGUUUGAUUAUGGUGUCUACCUUCUGAACAAAAAUAUAGCACAGCUGAGAUACCAGCAUGGACUGGGGACUCCAGACUUGAGGCAAACCCUUCCUAACCUGAAAAACUUCAUGGAGCAUGGGCUAAUGGUCAGGUGUGACAGACAUCACACCUCCAGUGCCAUCCCUGUUCCAAAGAGACAAAGCUCCAUGUUUGGGGGUGCAGAUGUAGGCUUCUCUGGGGGGAUCCCUUCCCCAGACAAAGGACAUCGAAAACGGGCCAACUCAGAGAAUGAGAGACUCCAGUACAAAACGCCUCCUCCCAGCUACAAGUCAGCCUUAACGCAGCCCGGGGCCUCGGUGCCCUCUGUGGGAGACCCGGAGAGGAAGGCUGCCUCUCUGUCCUCCUCCCUAGACACCUCCCUGGACUUCUCCAAAGAAAGCAAGAAAACAGGUGAUUUAGGUGACAGCAUACAUCGGGACCUCGGAGGUGCGGACACCAGCCAGUCACAGGAAGCCCUGCCUGGGCACCCAGCCUCGGUGAAUGGCACUGCGCUACCCAGCGAGCAGCCCGGCCCCACCAGCACCCAAGGGCCGGGCAAGUUCCUCCCGGGAGCCGAGCUCUGCUGUGCCGUGGAGCAGGCGGAGGAAAUCAUCGGGCUGGAGGCCACAGGCUUCGCCUCGGGCGAGCAACUCGAAGCUUUCAGCUGCAUCCCGGUGGACAGUGCAGUGGCGGUGGAGUGUGACGAGCAGGUGCUGGGGGAGUUCGAGGAGUUCUCCCGGAGGAUCUACGCCCUCAACGAAAACCUGUCCAGCUUCCGCCGACCGCGCAGGAGUUCCGACAAGUGAGGCCAGUGGACAGACAGGACGAUCCGCAAGGCGGAAGCUGCACUACCCUUUUUGAUAAUUAUGACACAAAUAAGUAUCAGUGGAGGAUAUUCCUCAGAAAGUCUGACUUCGGGAAUAGAGGGACUCAGGACCAUUGGGUAUCAGCAGGCCAGACAAAGUGAGAUUUUGCUUUCAAGAUCUGCUUCUCAGGCCUGAUGAAUGAAGGCAAAAGUCACCCUCUAGUUGAAAGCUUAUAGCUGGAGUCAUCCUAUAGGCAUUUGUCUGCUUUUUUAUUUACACUUCUGUGUUCUCCUCAGAGGGAAGAUGAUAAUAUAUAAGUAAUAUAAUGAACUCACCUUUAGUUUCUCAUAAGCAUUUGCCUUCGCUAUACUUUAUAAGACUUUGUGAAAUGGAAUAUUCAAAAAAUAGCUUUCCACCACUUUGGGGGUGGGGGGUCCUGUGGCUCUGUACCUGGGCCCUUGGCCCUGGGUACUACAGUCAAUGUGCAGACCUCACUGUAGUCCUGCUUCACUCAGUGGGUCAUGUAUCCUGAAAGCUGGGACGGCAGAUUCACCAGUCUAAACCCAGUGGGCAUGACAAGCCAUCUCUUCUAAUGUGCCAUACCCUGAUGUAGCCCCCAGAUGCGAUGAGAACAUUGCCUGUGGUAGAUCCCAGGGGACCCUCAGGAACCCCAAGAUUACCACAGUCAGAUGGCAGCCAGUUUCCUUGGGGGCCAAAGUUUUUAUGUGGGCAGAUGCUGUGAUCCAAAAUUGGACAUACCUACCAGCAGUACACUUCCAGACAAGGACCCCCUAGGUACAAAUCCCAUGUUAAUUUAUUGGUUUCAGUCAGAAGGAAGGCAUUGUAUAUGUCAAAGUAUGAUAGCCAGGCUGUCCAGUUUUCAGACUGCAUGACAGUUGGGAGAUAGUUGGACUAAGAGACGAGAUGAAGCAUAGACGAUGUGCAGUGUCGUAAUAUUAAAUUAUGUUUUUGAAGUCCAUUAUUCCUGCACUCAGAUUGCACUCGCUGUUGCAUUAUACAUUAUGUACCCACAGACAUUGCCUCAGGGUUGCAAACUCUUUAAGGAAAAUUUAUCCUCAUAUCCAUGUAUUAUAAGAAGAAUAAAAAUUGAAUUUACUUCACCUGA